ACCCCGCUGCUCUUUCCCCACCCAGCACCACGCCUGAAGAUGCACUUGCGCAGGACUUUGCUGCUCCUCUCCCUCCUGAGCUUGGCCACCGUCAGCCUGUCGCUCUCCUCCUGCACGACGCUGGACCUGGAGCACAUCAAGAAGAAGAGGGUAGAGGCCAUCCGGGGCCAAAUCUUGAGCAAGUUGCGCCUGACCAGCCCUCCAGAGAGUGUGGGGCGAAGCCACGUGCCCUAUCAAGUCCUGGCUCUAUAUAACAGCACCCGGGAGCUCCUGGAGGAGAUGGAAGAGGAGAAGGAGGACAGCUGCUCCCAGGACAACUCCGAGUCCGAGUACUACGCCAAGGAAAUCCACAAGUUUGACAUGAUCCAGGGCUUUCCGGAGCACAAUGAGCUGCCACUGUGCCCCAAAGGAGUAACUUCCAACAUGUUCCGCUUCAAUGUGUCUUCAGCAGAGACAAACAGCACCAACCUCUUCCGGGCAGAGUUUCGGGUCCUGCGCUUGCCGAAUCUUAGCUCCAAGCGUUCUGAGCAGCGAAUUGAACUCUUUCAAAUCCUGAAACCUGAUGAGCAUAUCGCAAAGCAGCGGUACCUCAGUGGCCGGAAUGUACUGACACGGGGCUCCCCUGAAUGGCUGUCCUUUGAUGUCACAGAGACUGUCCGUGAAUGGCUUUUGCAUAGAGAAUCUAAUCUGGGACUGGAAAUUAGUGUCCAUUGCCCAUGCAACACCUUUCAGUCCAAUGGUGACAUUCUGGAGAAUCUGCAUGAAGUGCUGGAAAUCAAAUUCAAAGGCAUAGACAUUGAAGAUAGUCAUGGCCGUGGGGACUUGGGGAGCCUGAAAAAGCAAAAAGAUCUGCAAAACCCCCACUUGAUCCUGAUGAUGCUGCCUCCACAUCGUCUUGGGAGUUCAACUGUGAGAAGCCAGAGAAAGAAACGAGCACUGGACACCAAUUACUGCUUUCGGAAUCUGGAGGAGAACUGCUGUGUACGUCGUCUCUACAUCGAUUUUCGUCAAGAUCUGGGCUGGAAAUGGGUGCAUGAGCCCAAGGGGUACUUUGCUAACUUUUGCUCUGGGCCAUGCCCUUACCUUCGCAGUGCAGAUACCACACACAGCACGGUUCUUGGUUUAUACAAUACCCUGAAUCCUGAAGCAUCUGCUUCCCCCUGUUGUGUUCCCCAGGAUCUGGAUCCCCUGACCAUCUUGUAUUAUGUUGGAAGGACCCCCAAAGUGGAACAGCUGUCUAACAUGGUUGUGAAAUCUUGCAAAUGCAGUUGAAAAGGACCUUGUGCAAUCUACAGCUGAGAAACUACAACCACCACACUGGUCCCAGAGUAAAAGUCAAACCAAAACCCAUUACUGCCUUCCUGGCUAUAUCACCUUGUUCUCUGUGAGGGAUUUUCUCCACGUAUGGAUAUUUCAGGAGGUGGACACACAUGCAAGCUAGAUUUUUAGUGGACAAAGGCCACCAAAUAAGGAAUUCUGCCAAGGAGGAAAUUGUGAGCAGAGCAGGAACAUUCAGAGCGUAGAGGAAAAUCAGACUUCUUUGCCCAUCACUAAUUGUUUCUUCGAGCUCAACCUUUCUUGCAGAAGGAGGAUGGUUUCCUUUUAACGGAGUGUAUUUUAUUAGCAACCAUACCACAAUGGAAGUAAUUAUUCUGCAGACAGUGAGCAAAUAGCUCAGUAAGAGGACCUUUCUCACAAAUACAAAUUCUUCUACAUCUUCUCUUUCCUCCUGGAACACCUGCUGGAGGGCUUCUGGCACAGAGGUUGGCUUUGUUCCUGUACCCUAACUCUGUUCUUUCAUAAUCUUUAAAGAAUCUUGAGGCUGUUGAGGUAGUUGAGAUCUUCUAAAGAAAUCUGCCCAUCUUGCACAAGGAUCUAGCCUAGGCCACACCUGCCAAAACUCUAUACAAAAUGUUAAUCUCAAUAUUGUAAAAAAAAAAAUUUUUUUUGGAUAUUAGAAUUUUAUGUUCAAGGAAGUUGUUUCCCCAUGGAAAGGGAGAUACCUCUACAGCUGUGGAAGAACCACAGAGGUCAAUCUAUAGCACUGAGAAGCACUUAUUGCAGCAAGAAGCCACCCUUUUUUAAAACCAUGUUUUUCAGUGACUAAGAGUAAUGGAGGGAAUGGUGAAGCUGCAGUGACCUUGCACAAGGCAAUGGGACCAGAUGGCUCACUCAGUUGUUAUCUCCCCACCCUUAAUUUGGUGGUGUUGGGUUAACUGUUUUUUUUUUCCUAAUUUGUUUUAAAGAUGUGUUAAACCUAUGUGACUGAACUUGAUGUACUUGUAUUAUUUUGAACUAGCCCCUCUUAAAAAAAAAUGGAAAAAUCACUCCAUUGCUACUUGACCUUUAUGAUCCCAAGGGACUAACUUGUGGCUUGCCUGUGCCUGGUUUAUAAAUAGUUUUUCCAUGUAGAUUGACCAAUCUAGAUAAUCUUGAGAGACAUUCAGCAGGAAGGAGGACUGGUUUCAGUACUUAUGAAUAGAUGUUAAUGUAAGUAUGACAGUGAAAGGGGCAGCUCUCUGUUCUGUGGCAGGGAUGAAUGUUUCCUAAGGUCCUAACAAAUGGAGAUCCCACCCUUUUAGAAUAAUAGUUGUUUCAGUUGCUUUAUCAAUGGCCUUUAGUUAUUGGAUUCAGCCAUAUCCAAAAGGCACCAACUUUGUCAACCUGACUGCUGACACUCUCUCCCUGUUGCUUAUGUGUUAGUUUCACAUAUUUAGACAUUGGGUGGAUAAUUUUAAAAUCAUUAAUUACAAGGAUAGUGGACAAUCUGGAUGAGGAAACAGGUAUGGGGAAGUAAGGGACUUCAUCUCUUUGCCCCAUUGCUGUGGCCCUGUUCCAACUCUUUUCAUAGAGCUUGGAAGGAGUCACCUCAUGCAGGUCCGAACAAUAACAAGGGAGUUUCAGCCCCCACUCCUCCCGUCUUUGGGUUCUAAUCAUAUUGGAACUCUGCAUCUUUACUUUAAAGGGGUUUUAUUUAGAUUGCUAAUGAAAGAAUACUGUUGGAAGACCUGAAGGGCCAAGUUAGAGACAAAUGGCCAUGGAGAAAAUCUAUCUAUGUGGAACGCUAAAAGUCGACACCGACUUGAUGGCACACAAUCCAUCAAUCCAUCAAAGAGUAACAGAUAUUCCUCAAGGUGAGGAGGAACGCAGUUUGCUUGUCAGCCACAUGGAGAUCCUUAUGCAGGGAAUCAGGAAACCCCCGUUUCAACACUUUUCUUUUGCUGCAACCCAGACAAGUGGGCUCUUGGAGUUUGCCAGUUCAGAAUGUGAUAUUGAAUUGCAUAUUGCUCUCCUUUAUUUCCAUUAAACCCUAGCUAGGCCUCUCUCUAGCAGAGUGUUUCUCAACCUUAGCAACUUUAAGAUGUGUGGACUUCAAUUCCCAGAAAUCCCCAGGCAGCCACCCUGGCUGGGGAUUUCUGGGAGUUGAAGUCCACACAUCUUAAAAGUUGCUAAGGUUGAGAAACACUCCUCUAGCAUAACCUUAUUACUGUUCACUUUCUGUCCUGCUGUUCUAAUUGCUAGUAAGAUUUUUUAUGAAACAUGAAAAACUCCAGAUCAGCAGCUGGGGUGGUGUCAAUCUAUCAUACUUACCUUUUUGGCUGAGAGCCCAUGGCAGGGAAACUCAGAUUCAGAUACGAGGGUACUUCCCACUCAUUGCUUAGCUUUUAGCCUUUUUUCUCUUAAGAUCUCCUUGAUAUAUAACAAUCAAGUUAGAAGUGGAGCAAGUAACUGUCCCAAGGACAUACUUUACUAUGUUUUAACUUUUGUGGACAAGAGACAUCUCUUGAGUUCUGCAAUGAUCUAUAUAAUUUUGAAGUGAAAUAUUUAUAAAUAAAUCACAGCACAUAAAUGUAAUCAUUUGGAAUCUUUUUCUGCUCUAUGGUUGCUUCUGAUGCUCCUUAAAAAUGAAUGCAGUUAGAUGCAUUUUUUCCUCAGCAAGAUAGAUUAUUCUUUUGAAAAUUGAUCUAGAUUUUGAUUUCCAAAUGCCAUUACUGCAUUUUCACUGCCUAGAAUUAUUUACAUUUCCCUUUUUAAAUGUUAGUCUCCUAUGUAACACACAUGCUAAUACCAAUUCUGCAGUCUUCAACAAGAGUUUUAGACUUAAUCAUAGAACCACCCUUUACA